AUGGCAUUCCCUUUAUCUUCCGCCAUCAUCUCCCACAAGCUCUCCUUCAAUGCCUCCAUUCGCAGCCUCCGUUUCAGACCACCGCAUUUCAUCCUCUGCAUCAACAGAAUCGACCCACAGAAAUUGGGCCGCUCCAGCAGACUCCAUUGCAUGUCCAACAAGAAUCUAGCACGGGAACUCGAGGACCGGCAUAGUACUCUUACCAAUUCCUACAUGUCGACUGAUGGAUAUAAAAAGAAGCUUCAGAAUUUAAUUGGUGUGAUCCUUGUGGUGGUCCAAAUAUCUUCUCCAAUUUCUUUGGAUGGUUGGGCGUUUUGGCCUAUUUCACCUGCAAAUGCAGUUCUUUAUUCUCCAGACACCAAGGUUCCCAGAACAGGAGAAUUAGCUUUACGGAGGGCUAUUCCUGCAAACCCAAACAUGAAGGCAAUGCAGGACUCUCUGGAAGAGAUACUGUACUUGUUGAGAAUUCCACAGAGGAAGCCUUAUGGAACCAUGGAGGGAAAUGUGAAAAAAGCUCUAAAGAUAGCAACAGAUGAAAAUGACUCAAUUUUGGCUAGUAUACCCACAGACUUAAGGGAGAAGGGUUCCACCUUACAUGUAUCUCUUAUUGAUGGGAAGGAAAAGGAGAACAUCAUAUUAUUGUUCUGA